AUGUGUGUCAAUACCGAUGGGUCAGUGAAGCAACCAGGAUCGGAAGCAGCAGGGGGUGGCCUUGUCCGGGACUGGACGGGGAAAAGUAUGGGAGCUUUUGUGGAAAACCUCGGCGUGUGCACAAUUACCCGAGCAGAGAUCAUGGCUGCCAUUCGAGGCCUGCAGAUGGCAUGGGAGAAAGGAUACAUGAAUGUCCUCCUCCAAUUGGACUCCACUACAGACAUCAACAUCCUAACCUCCCAAGAUCAGACGGAGCACAGGUUACCAUGUUUUGAGAGUACAGACUCGGGUCUGUCCUUCUGGAUUUUGUAUAACGUUUUGGGAAUCUCCCAAACCCGUUUAAUUUAA